AAGGAAUGCGGGGAUGUGGGGAACUUCCCCUCAAGGCGGCUUUGGCCCAAAAGAGUAGGCCGCGCCGUCGAAUUGCCGUUACCGCCAAUUGCUUCACAUCCAACAAUGCCACCAUCCUCGCAGUCUACACUGGCACGGACGCCUUGCUCUAACUGCCGCGCGAAAGUCUGUUUUUCGUCAAGGAUCAACGGCCAAGCUUGAUGGGAGUUUCUCGAAAGACCAAUCUUGGAUGAGCAGCCAACCAAAAAAAUGGAAGCUGUUCUCCGGAGACUCUUCACUCCCAGAGUCCAUGGAUGUGGCUCAGAGGCCAUCACCAUACCAGGAGCCCACCCCAGCAUCCGGCGCACCAGAUGGUCUCGUUUGGGCUCGCGAUGAUGGCAGUCACCUUGACGUUCAAAGCUCACCUUAUGAUCCGUCCCCGAAUGGCUUUCACCCCUUCGUUUUCGGGGACACAGGCAACGCCAACAGACUGUCCAAUGUUACCCAUAGAUGGAACAGCGUGGACAACACUGAAAGAAAUCGCUUGAUCGAUGGCAUGCCACGGUCAAGAACACCAAUCGAACCGGAUAAUACUCUCUCUACCUCCGAACCCGCGCAGACCACCGUGCAGGAGGCAUGCCUCCUACGCCAUUUCAUCGAAGAAAUAUCACCAUGGUUCGACCACUGCGACGACCGUCGACACUUCCAACUAGUAGUCCCUCGCCGAGCCCAACACUGCUCCAUCAUACGCAACGCUCUAUUCGCAGUUUCAGCACGCCACCUAUCACGGCUCCCACAAUACGCGACACCCAAUGGAAUAUGCUAUCGCGGACAACUUCUCCCCAAUCUACAGAAAUGCACAGCGGUGGAAUACACCCUCAAAUGCAUCCCCGAGCUCCUCAAAUUCCCCGAAAUAACCGACCCUACUGAGCAAGAAAACAUAAUGGUCGCCACGGUUAUUCUCCGCCAAUACGAAGAAAUGGAAGAGGAUGUCGAGGACCACGACAUGUCCACGCAAGACAGAGUGAACUUCUUAGCCAUAACGCAGAGAAUCAUCGACGCUAUGAUAUCCCACCGACUGGAACAGUCUCUCGCUACGGCAGCGUAUUGGAUCGUUGUCCGACAGGAGGUAUACUACGCGCUCACGAGACAGCGUGCACCAAAGAUGCGAUUCAGUCCUGAAGACUGGCGGAAGGCGUCUGCUGCAAACACGUUGGUAAUGCUCGCUAGUGAAGUGACUAAAUGGCGCUGGGGCGACGACCGCCUCAUGCUCCGCCACCGCAAACUCCAACACGACUACCGGCACGACCUCGCACCCCUCUUCGAAAACAAAGCAGAUCGAUCUCGCGGCGAACUCUUCCCGACAAUCUGGUACAGCUCCGACGAGCAAGUGACUGCAGUGCAGCACCUCGAGAUAGCCAAUAUGAUCUUGACAGCCCAGAACCCAUACCUAUCAAACUCCACUCGAGCCGCGCAUCGCAAAGCAGAAGCAGAAGUCCGAUCCAUCGUGCUCAGAAUAUGCGGCAUUGCGGUGCACCACGCCCACUGUCAUCCGGCGUUAGUCACUGCUGUGAUAGCUAUUACUCUCUACGGGGAGUAUUUUACUGAGUUGGAGGAGCGUGAGGCGCUGCUGGGGAUUAUUGAUCGGACGAGGGAUUUGCAUUCGUGGCCGAUGCAGAAGUGUUAUACGCGGUUGAGGCGGGGGUGGGAGGAGAUGGAUCAUUGUGGUUCUUGAGUGGGGUUCAGAGAUUUUG